ACUUCGGCGGUGCGUUCGGUUCGGGUGGUGUGCACAGUCGCUCCGUGAAUAUUCGAAAAUUUAUCGGUCAAGAACGCGUUGCGGGCGCGAUUUUGUGUCGGGAGUGUCGAUUAAAGUAACGGGCGUAUUACUACCGUACGACGAUUAGUCGUGUAAACUCGUGAUCGUACCGCGAUCUGAAAUCAAGACGACUAGCUGCGGGACGCCGAGAUCGCGGACUUCGUGCGCUGCCGCAGAUCCGCAAGACCGAAUCGUGCGCUCUUUUGGAGACGGUCGGGACGCGAUCGGCGAUUAGAGAUCGAAAGUAAAGUGUCGAAGAAACUGAUUAUUGUUAAUAUGUCGCACCUAACAGAAAUUAUCUGCUUCGAAAAUUGUGUGUCGCAGAGCAUACGUACUUCGGUUUCGCGUGUUGCAACAUGACGCCGUAAAUUCGCGUUUCUUCGACCCGCAAAAUGCGCAAGUCAAGUUUCAAAGUUGUGUGUAGUGUCCACUUCCGGUACUCCUCGUUUCCUGGGCUCAUCGUUCCCUGGAUAGGACUGACGCGGGCAUUUUUGUUAACUACAAUAUCCUAGCUGGUGCAGCCAAGAGCGUACUUAGCUAGGGUACAACGCCGAUGAUGCCGAAGAGAUUGACCGAGCUAUCCAGGUGGCUACUGCUGGCGGGGCUUUUGUGCUGCUCGUCCUGCCAGAGCGUACCGUCCUCCUUCGAGAAUAAAACCGGCGGCGGCCAGAAUGACAGCCGGCCGCGGAUAUUCUCUCCCAGGAUGGACUACGACGAGUGGACGCCGUUGGGACGCGGCGACCCUUUGAAGAACAAUCCGACCUUCGACUACGUGCCGCCGGUUCUCGACAGGGUGCAAUACUGGCUGGACACGCAGCAGCACACGACGGAGCCGUCAUCAAAGCGCGACAUCCUUGUGUUGGGUGUGACCGCGAAGAAGACCAGCCCGAAGAUACCCGAGCAGUUCCUCAAGUUCGUUGAUGGUCCCAAAUUCACGCGGACCGGUGGCGGACAGGAUUCGAUUGCCUUAUACAGGAACGACUUCACCGGCAGCACUGGCGCUGAGCCGCCUAAGAUCGUGCGCACCACCAGCUUCCGGAACGGUUUGAUCGACUACAGAAAUCAGAACAGGUUGCAGUCGUUGCCGGCCAGUUACUUUCCGAGCCAGCUUUUCAGCCCGAAGAUAAAGCCGUACACUAUGAUGAUGCCGCCGCCGAUGAUUCAGAAAGCCGAGACGUCCACCAAUUUCAACGUCGGCACAUCCAAGGACAAGUUAAUCGGUUACCCGGACACGUCAUCACCGUUCAGUACGCAGACGGAGGAAGGCCCCAUCCUUCAGGAUGCUCUGCAGUAUUACGGAGCGCCCUCGAAAGAUUACGGACGCUAUUCUCCCGUGUCUUCGUCAAGACCGUACUCCACCUCGAAGGCACCACCGAGCAAGGUCGAGACUAUUAAGAGCGUCUAUGUACCGUCCGCGUCGCAGAGCACGAAGUCGAGAUACGAAGCGACUACCGCGCCGUCCGUGUCCUUUGAAAAGUCAAAUCUAAUAUAUCAGUCGACGCAGACUCUGUCUGGCGGAUGGCUCGGCAACAACGGGCCCACUUCGUCUUCCACGGUAUUUCCGCAGGAUGUCAACCAGGUCACAUGGCAGACUCCGGAUUACUCCAGAGAUCAUUACGAGGUCGAUCAUCACGCCGCGGCCUCGUCCAAUCACGAGGUCGUCGUCAGCCAGAACGCGAACAUCAUUGUGGACGCCAGCAAAAACGAAAACGAGGAAGUGAUUGUGGGUCAGAAGGAGAUCAGCACCGAGGCGACGUCAUCGACGACGGAGAGUGUCGCUCAAACUUCUACCGCUUCUACCACAACUACGGAUUCCAUCGAACAGGAGGAAGAAACUGCGACCGAUGCGCAGCCCUCGCAAAAAAUGCAUAUCGUUGUAGCCAAUUCGCCGUCCAGCAUCAUGGAUCUGGAGACACAUAAGGCAAAGAAAGGUCCGGUCGCCGUGGUAAUUCCGACGAAUUACGUUGAGAAGAAUUUCUCGGCGAGCUCCUCGGAUUCGCCGACGACGAUGACGCACAAUGCCGCUUGGGAAAACCCCACCACGUCCGAGAUGACAAAGACGACUCAUCAAGCAUCGAAGUCUCAAUCGCAGCCCGUAAGAAACGCGAUAACGAGCUCGCCGAUUCUGUCGGAGAAUCAUCCGUCCGUUUCCUCCGUGCCGAACAGGAUGAUACCGCCCUCGCAGCAUCAGCCUCUGCAUCCGCCAUCCGCUCCGAUAAUGCCCCUCAGACAUAUUGAUAGCGCCUCGCAAAUGUACGUCCCUCCGCAGGCGGCCUCCCAGUCCAUGAUGCGUCCUCAGACCAGACCGAACACCAUGAUGCAUUUCAUCGGCAGCAUGCGUCCCGGCUUUCGACCAUCCUCGCCGGUGUCGAUGUCUCACAUGUCGCCACCUCUGUCGCACAUGCACGCGCCGUCCAUGAGCAACAUGAUGGUACCGCUGUCGAGCAUGGAACAGGCACAACAACGACUGCCUCAACCGUUCCCCGUAACAUUCACCAGCCCGCCGUCACCGUCGACUUUCAACACGCAGAUUCCUGAAUCCGAGGAGCAACCGAUCGACCAUCGACCGUCUCGAUUACCCGCGACAACCGUGACCACUUCGCCGUCGUUCACACCGACCGUCUCGUCGACCAUGGAGUACACGCCCACCAUGGACACCAUGGAUCAUCGCGAGAGCACAAAGUCCAGUCAGUCGCCUCUGGUGAAGAUCCUCAAUGCCGAAGAGACCCCGAAGAUGAAGAUAAUGCUCGCGCCGUCGUCAACGAGCCCACCGCGAACCACGACCGCUCCGAGUCUCACCACCGACCCGAUUUUCUCCCAUUACAAGCAACCAGCUAAACCGAUCCGCGGCCCGAUGUACCUCAUCAUUCAGGGUCACUCUAAGGUAAAAACUUAUAAACCCACGGUGAGCAAGCACGGUAUGCCCGUGGAGAACAAUGAGAUCGUGGAGAGCGCGACCGAACGGCAGCUAUCCAAGUUGGAACAGCUGAUUCGAAUACACACGAAGAACGCCGUCGAUCUAACCGCCGAGAAGAGGAAGCUGGAAGAGAAGGCGCGCGCCGAGAAGCACGUAUCCUCGCCCCAAGAGAAUCUCAUAAGUCUGAUCGAGAGCGGCUUGAAUGACUUCACCGUGUCAUCAUCGACGGUGGCGGAUGACGAGCGUCGCACGUCCAACUCGGUUACAAGCAUUGAGAUCAAUUAAAGAUCCGCUAGAUUUGCGACAGCUUUCCUAUAGGAGGAGCAAGGCGGAUGUUGGCAGCUAAGGACAUCCGUGGGAGUCCUCGUUGCGCGUUGGCGGAAGGGCAACCGCCAUUCUCAGUAGAGAUGAAAUUUUCGUAGGAAACGAGGUCGAUUUAUUCGUU